UUAUAGAAGUUUGGCAGCAUGAACUUCACAUGAUGCGUCACUUUCAUAUGCUUCUCCUUCAGUGCGGAUUUGACUUAGAAACGCAUGUGUAACUCAGAGAAAGGUGGUUAAAUUGAUCUCUGAUUGACAUGAUGGUUAAGGUAAUGUCUCUAGUAAUUGUGAUGACAUUCUUUAUCAGUGGACUGACGAGUGCGCUGGCUGACACAACCAUACCAUAUGACUAUCACGUGAACAAGACCUGUAUCGGACAAAACUGCUGCAUUCAGUCACGUGAUUUCAAUUCCAAUGUUAUGGUGAACUGUAGACUUAAGAACAUGACGCACCUUGACCUGGACCAACUUGUUCCCUGCCCCGAAAUCGUCUACAGCUUGGAUAUUUCCAAGAACAGACUUACCAACAUAGAAGAUGCAGCUUUCUUCAGAUAUAGAAGACUUGUAAAAUUUCCUUCACUCGUUUCUAAAGUGGCCAAUACACUGCUCCACUGCAGAUCAAAACCGUUCAACAAUUAUCUUUGCCCCAAUCUUGCAUAUAACAACAUACACCAUAUGUCUGGGAACGCAUUUAAUGGACUGUCGACACUCAAAUUGCUAGAUAUAAGCUACAACGCAUUGCUAACCUGGAACACGUCGGACAUCACCAACCAACUGCCUUCCCUAUCAGAACUUGACGUCACAGGAAAUCCAUCAUGGUCACCAGGCCAACACAUCCGGGACCUUCCAAAUAUCACAGUCAUCAAGGGUAUAGCAUCUUAUACCAUUCCACAUCUAAAACACUGUAUACGUUGCGACCUACAUAAACGUGAGAGCAUCGUACAAGGCACAGGGGCCAGAGUAGCUUCUACUACAUACGUUUGUUUUGAAGUGGAGUUUUCUUUCGUUGAUAAUUUUACUGCUAUUUGGGGCUCGAAAUUUUCAAUUAAAUGUCAAGACCAUAAAUCUGACAGCCCUCUCUGUGAUCCAACCCGUCAAUCACACUUAGGAUCUUUAUAUUAUUUUAUCAAGUUGAUCGACCUGUGCUACCAAAAACUUAAGUGGGUAAUACAUAAUAUUGUAAUAGGGUUGGUCGCCAUGGUUAUCAACGCUAUUGUCAUAACAACGAUUCUGUUAAGUCCAAGCUUGAGGAAGAACAUAGACAUGCUUUUAAUUUGGCAGUUAUCGGUGGCAGACUUUUUACAGGGACUGUAUCUUGUUAUCCUGGCAUCCUUGUAUUGUUCCAUGUCUAGCUCCGAGUAUCACGACCUUAAGUCGUCUUUCUAUUGCGAGAGCCUUUCUGUUCUCAUCCAGGUAGCUUGGUGCGUUGGUAUGACUGCAGGUUUUCUUGUUACGGUAGAUCGAUAUAUCUGCGUCGUCUAUAUUAUGAAGCCAAACGUUCGAAUCAGUCUUACAAAUGCAAAGGUGCUUAUAAUCAUCAUGUGGGUUAUUGCAAUCAUUGUAAGCUCUCUGCCUUUCGCUUUAAAGAUACGACCAUUCUUCUUCGACUAUUCCUGCGCCAGCCCUAGAUUCCCUAAUGGAGAGUACUACACUUCAUACAUUGGGUAUGUCGGCGCAAUCGUUUACGUCAGCUCCUAUAUUCUCUACAUCCGUAUUUUCUACGAGGUACGUAAAGCGAGUCUUGAUGUUGGGAUCCAACGAGAAGGAAGACUUGCCAAACGAAUCAUGUUCGUGAUUUCAAGCAACGUUGUAUUUCUUCUGGUUCCAAGUGUCGCAGGGCAAUUUCUCACGAUAAACAACACCGAAAAUUGGGUGCUUAAACUGAUCUAUUGGAAUGCUGUUGUGCUGUCAUGCUUUGGUAUAAACUCUUGUCUCAAUCCCCUUCUUUAUCCAUUCCGUUGUCAAAGGUUCACAACUGAGUUGAAAAGGUUGUUAGGAUUUCGGAAAAAAAUUGUUGGAAUUUCUAAGACAAAUCGUGAGGCUAAUUAGCUGGGGACAGAUACAGCUACUCUCGGACGAGCCACUGAAGAUUUUCCCCAACAAUGUGUAAAGAAGGAUCAAGCUCCAAGAAAGUAAUAAUUGUCAGAAACUACUGCUUUUCUAAUCUCUAGUCUUGGCUUAACCAAAAGUAUCACUAUUUCUAUCAAAAAAGGGAUGACUGCAAAGACCGAAAUAACUAUAAAAAAUUUAAAUGUCUGACCCUCGCAGCCAAGACUAAUCCAACACGAACGUUAAGAAUAAAGAUAUGUAAUAAAGAUUGUUUCGAAUGGUGAAGAAUAUUAUCCACAUAUGUGCCGUCUCCAGCAGUUUGUAAGCCUCGUAAUAUCUCUUCAUGGUUUGAUGAUCCUUCAAAGUGCUGAAGUCGAUCCGUGCUUGACGCACUCGAAAAAUAUAACAUCAAAUGCGGAUUCUCUUUGUUGUCACAGGAUAUAAGACACCUCAGUAACAACCGUUUCCUGAUAUGAUACUAAUAUCGAUAUUAUAUGCCAAUCGGUAUAUCAAAACACUUGUAUCUACUAUAAACGAUCAGCUGCUACUUCUCCAAGAAUGGCUUGCACUAUAAACUUACUCUUAAUCUUAAAAAAUCUAAUUUUGUCAUUUUUCAUCAUUACAGAAAAAAACUGACAAAUGAUAGUAAGUAUUUGCUUGAAAGUAAGUAUUGAUGCGGUAUGGCGGUUAAAAAAUACACACGUUUUACUCGUCGUUUACGUUUUAUUCAUCACGUUAGAGUUCCUAUUAAUAAAGGAAAGAUUACAAUUUAACGAUAAAACAGAAAACGAUUAAAGCAAAAGGAAAGCAAAGAAAUAGGAAUAAUUACUUACAAAACGAUGUGAGCUUAAGACGGUCGACGUUGAACUGAACUGAACUUAAUUGAGCUGAAGUGAACUUAACUUACUAUAAAUUACGUACAUAUUUAAGGUCUGAAUACAAAGGCGAAAAGUGCGCACGGGAAAAAUGUGUAAAUUCCAAUCUAGCACUAACAGUAAGCAAUUUGUUAAGUAUUUAGGUCUCUUAAUUGAUAAAAACCUUACUUGGAAACCUCACAUUGAUUAUAUCAGCAAUGAAAUUAGUAAAACGAUUGGGUUAUUUGCCAAAUUAAGAUACUAUAUUGCUUCUCCUACUUUAUUGAUGAUGUAUAAAGCACAUAUUCAACCUUAUCUUUCUUAUGGUAUUUGCAUUUGCAAAGCAUUAAGGUGGAUAUACUCUGCUAAUAUGAGAGAUAGUGCCACACCUUUAUUUACAGAAGCUGAUGUCCUCCCUAUCUCAUUCAAUUUCAUAGAGUCAACAGCCAGAUUAAUGUAUGAUGUUGUAUCCAAUUCUGCUCCUCCAGAUAUUUGUAGUUUAUUUUCUUCUAUCGAUUCGGCACAUUCCUAUAACACGAGGUCAUCGACCUCCAAAAAUCUACAUUCUCAAUAAGCCUUUUCAUAGUUUAAGAAUCGAUUCCACUGCGCAUGCGAUUUUAU